AUGGGAGCGAGGCCAGUGAAAAUCGAUGUACGUUCUACGACAUUCGAAGAGCCCACAAAACGGAUCUUCGAUUCCCGCGGAACACAGGCCUUUCAGAAAUCGGUAGCGAUGUACAGGAUCAAGAUGUAUCUCCAUCGGUAUGUAAGCAUUGUGGAAGGUGAACAGAUACCUGCAACAAGUGAGAAUUUGAAAGUGCUCGACUUUGAGGGACUUCUGAGCAAAUUGGCUGUACUGGUAGAUGAAACCCCGGCAUUUCCAGGACCAAGACGGUACGGAAACCUGGCAUGUAGAACCUGGCAUGAUAAAAUUGAAGAUGUUCUGGUGCCGUUGCUAGAAAACUUCCUUCCAUCAGAAUGCCAUAAGAGCAUAGUCGAGCUGCGAUACUAUUUGGCAAAUGCGUUUGGAUCUCGCGAACGCCUUGAUUACGGAACGGGACACGAGCUAUCCUUCUUCGCUCUGGUAUCAGCUCUGGACAUGCUGGGUGCCUGGGGCCCUGAUUUGAAGGGCAAAGACUUAUUGUUUUUAUUAAACAGCUACUACGCGCUAACGAAAAAACUGGUACUUACAUACUCCUUAGAACCGGCUGGAUCUCACGGUGUAUGGGGUCUAGACGACCACUUCCACUUGAUAUACAUCUUUGGUGCUUCCCAGAUGGUAGGCAUGCGUUCACCUCCAGCGACACCCAAAGAACUGCAAAUGAAAGACAUAGUGGAAGAAAACGCAUCCACCAACUUAUAUUGCCAGGGACUGGCAUUCGUAUUUCAGGUCAAGUCCGGACAGCUGUCUGAAAACUCUCCUAUGCUAUAUGACAUCUCUCAAACAGUGGCAACAUGGCCAAAAGUUCAGCGGGGCCUUCUGAAAAUGUAUUUUGCAGAGGUCCUCAAUAAAUUUCCUGUGGUGCAACACUUUUGGUUCGGUAAGGGUCUAUACCCAUGGGUCAGUAGCGAUAGUGGCGAUGUGCUUCCCAUUUUUGAAGCAUCUUUGCCGAACAACCCUGUCCAAACUUCCGUGCAUAGCGCUCAUAAUGCUCACACAACGCGACACCCGAUGAACCCUCCUGAUUUACGUGGCGUUAAUCGAUUCAUAGCUCACGACAGGUUCCGGAAGAGUUGA